AUGAUCAGGACAUCCCUUCUCAAAGCUUCCCCCUUAUACCUCCAUCAUAACGCAGCUGCGUUUCGUUUGACACGAACCUCAUGUCUGGCUGCUGCGUGUCGUCGAACCAUAACUUCAUCAUCCGCACAAACCACCAUUAAAGAGGCUACCCCAGUCCUCCCACGUUCAUCAUCAGACGACACCGCUUCGAAACCUGGACUUACAACGCCCGAUGCCGUUAGCACUCUACCCACUAUGGUCCGCGGAGACUGGGUUCUAUUCCACCCUGUGUAUUCUCCCGACGAGCUUAGGGCUGUAGAGGUUUUGCACCAAAGGGCCAAUACUUGGUCUGAUAAGAUUGCGUACGGGUUAGUUAAAUUUGCUCGCGCGACCUUCGAUUUUGUUUCUGGGUAUAAGCACCCAACUGUGCCUCCAAGCCCGGAUAUGACUGUCGCACAACUUAGGAAAGCCGGUUAUCUGUUGGAUGACCGAGCUUGGCUCACUCGCAUUCUCGUGUUGGAGAGCAUUGCUGGUGUGCCGGGUAUGGUGGCUGCAACGCUCCGCCAUUUGACUAGUUUAAGGCUCAUGCGCCGCGAUAGUGGAUGGAUACAUACAUGCCUUGAGGAGGCUGAAAACGAACGAAUGCAUUUGAUGACUUUUAUGACGCUCCGGAAACCUUCUAUUAUUCUUCGUGCUAUUGUGCUGGCAGCGCAGGGCGUAUUCUACAACUUAUUCUUUUUCUCGUAUCUCAUCUCCCCAAGAAUCUGCCAUCGUUUCGUUGGUUAUUUAGAAGAGGAGGCUGUGGUGACAUAUACUCGAUGCAUCGCCGACCUCGAGGCUGGUCGCAUUCCAGAAUGGUCCAACAAACCUGCACCCGAAAUUUCCAUUGACUACUGGCGUCUUCCUCCGGAUGCCAAGCUUCUUGACGUCUUGUACGCUGUGAGGUCUGAUGAAACGACUCAUCGUUUCGUCAAUCACAGUCUAGCAAACCUAAAUCCUGACACGGAUGUCAACCCGUUUGCGCUACGAGAGCCAGAUAUGCAUACGAAGGGAAAGAAGAUUGCCUUCGAUAGAACAGAGGCCGAGGCAUACAUAUCGGAGUCGCACGCUCUGCUGGGCAAGAAGAUUGCACCUCCGCCUGAUGAGCAGAGUAGAUAA